AUGGAGCGUCAAGAUUAUAUCAUCAUUCUGAGGCUAGGAGCAGUGACAUCUAUGUGUUCGGAUGAUUGGUUAAUAGUGAGAAUAAGAAAACCUUUUGAUAAUGACACAGAAGUCCGAGCUGAUGAAAUUCACCUGGGAAACAACUGUUCUGUAACCAAGAUGUUGACCUUCAACUUUGAUUUUCUUAUCCUGUCGUCUCCUGUGGGAUCAAUAAAUUUCCAUAAGCAACCACAAAUGGCCUCCCAAGAAUGUGAUAAUACAAGGCUGGGGGCCCCACCACACAGUCAUGUAAAACCAGAGGAGACUGAUGGUUCUGUUUAUCAGCCCUUGGAUGGAUCACAUGAAUUUCAAAAAGGAGUCCUGCAAACCCUCGGGGCUGUGCAGAUCCUGAGUGGAGUGUUGAUUCUGGCUCUGGGUGUUUUUCUGGCUUGCUUGCAGUACUUGGUCCACCUCUUCAGACACUUCUUCUUUUUUACAUUCUACACAGGCUACCCACUAUGGGGAGCUGUGUUUUUUAUUGGCUCAGGAUCCUUGACUGUUGCCGCAGGGAGAAACCCCACAAGAAUGCUGAUGCAAAACAGCUUUGGGAUGAACAUUGCCAGUGCUACAAUUGCCUUUGUGGGGACGGCUUUCCUCUCAGUUCAUUUAGCACUCAAUAACCAGGCAUCCAAGGGCUGCCAUUCUUCACAGUCUCCAGACUUAUGCAUUUACAUGGGUUCUUCAUCAAGUGGCCUGGUGUCUCUGAUGCUGAUCCUCACCUUGCUGGAACUGGGCAUAUCCAUCUGCAUCUCAAUCAUGUGGUGUCAAGGAAACUUCUGUGGUUCAAGAGAGGCAAUUUCUUCACCUCCUGAGUCUGUGGAAUCAGGAAUGCCUCCUGAAGAAAGUAAUCCUGAGGAUAUGCACAGCCAGCCCCAAAUCACCAAAGAGUGAAGAGUGUCAUCC